GUCGGGAGCGCGCGGCGAGGGUGGCUUGGCACGUCCUCCAGCUCUGCCGGCUUGCCGCGCGUCCUUCUGCCGGCGUCGGCUCGUAUCCCCGGAGUCCACCCGCCCGCCCCGGGCUGUGCAGCCUGGCUUCAGGCGGUCCUCGCGGGAGCCAUGGGCCGCCGGCUCGGCAGAGUGGCAGCGCUGCUGCUAGGGCUGCUAAUGGAGUGCACAGAGGCCAAAAAACAUUGCUGGUAUUUUGAAGGACUCUAUCCCACAUACUAUAUAUGCCGUUCCUAUGAAGACUGCUGUGGCUCCAGGUGCUGUGUGCGGGCCCUCUCCAUACAGAGGCUGUGGUAUUUUUGGUUCCUGCUGAUGAUGGGUGUGCUGUUCUGCUGUGGAGCUGGCUUCUUCAUCCGCCGGCGCAUGUAUCCACCACCGCUCAUCGAGGAGCCCACAUUCAACGUGUCCUAUACCAGGCAGCCACCAAAUCCUGCUCCAGGAGCACAGCAAAUGGGGCCGCCAUAUUACACCGACCCUGGAGGACCCGGGAUGAAUCCUGUUGGCAAUACCAUGGCUAUGGCUUUCCAGGUCCAGCCCAAUUCACCCCACGGAGGCACAACUUACCCACCCCCUCCCUCUUACUGCAACACGCCCCCACCCCCCUAUGAACAGGUGGUGAAGGACAAGUAGCAAGAUGGAAAAUCGAAGGCAAAGAGGAUGGACAGGCCCUUUUGUAUUCCUCUCCAUCCUCACUGAUUCUUGCUAGUAGGGUGGUCCAAGGGCACACUUCUCUUUGAUAUUUUCAAAGCAAGCCCAGCUCUCUUUCAAGUUUUUUGUGGAGGACAUUUGAAUCCACACUGUCUCCUCUGUUGCUUCUGUUUCUGAUGUAGUUUGUGCUCUCUGAGAGAGUGUGGCAGCAGUCCCUGAGGGCCGAUAUUUCUAGGGUGGCAUGGGUAGAUCCUCGAGAGAGAGGCUAAGAGGAAAGGAAGGCAUAGCCUAUGUGUCAGGGAGCAGAUAAAGCGGUCAGGCUGAGCUAAGACUCGCAUGGUGCAGUAGUUGGCAGUGAAGUUCGAAGAGACACUAUCCACUGUCCCAGCCCCUUCCCCUAAUAGAAGCUGUGGGGAUGUGCUGCUGAUGCUCUUGCUCUCCACUCACAGUUUGAAAAUAGGCUUUCCUCUGCAGGAAUAAGAAAGACCCAAGUGCAUAUUGCUUCCACUAAAAAAUGAGGGUCGGAAUCAGGCCUCAGUUGGACAUGUGUAGUUAAAUAAAGACCAGUAGAGAGGGGAAGUCUUUAAGUUAGGGAACAUUCUCUAAAUGGAGACAUUACAUUUUAUGAAUCACAGUCUGGCUUUUCUUUUAGUGCAUGUAUUAAAGUGAGGGCGUGUUCUUUGAGAUCAGAUGGAGAAUGGAAACUGGGGGGAUCUCUGCUCAGAGGGCUUCGACACCCUUUUCUUAAGUAGUUCUGGUGAUGGGCUUUAUGGACCCUAUAGAGCUGAGGGACACAUUAGGCUGGGUAGUUACAUUGACCCCUGGAGAGGGGGAGAGAACAGCCAAAGAGACCCAGCAAAGCAAGCCCAGCAUUGCUGAGUAAAAGCUAGGGUUAUAUGUGAUUCCAGCAGAGAUGUGCUGGCCUCAGAAAAGGGGAUGUUUGUGGAUAGAACAGUGAAAACCUACUUAGUUGCACAGACCACAUAAUCAAAAGUAGAGAAAGAAGUGUAGUUAGAGAUGCUGUUUCCUGGGUGAGAAUCAGAGCUCAUCCAUAGAUUUACAAGUAGUAGCGGGAGUUGUUAGCAGUGCCGAGUUCUGUUCCCUUUUGUAGUUAGUCAUGUUGAUGUGUAUUUAAACCCAGGUUGAGACCUUGUGUACUAAGAGCAAGAAAGUAUAGCUAAGAUGCCUAGAUUAUUUAUGUGUAGUAUGGUGGGGAGUGGGCUGCAAGGAAGGGGACUGACUGAAAAUGAACUAACCAGAGCCAUUUGAUAAACCGUUACUUGUUUAACCGGGCAUCUAAACGUGUCUCUUGAGUGGACAUUGAGUAUUCUUUAUCACCCACAAGACCAGGAGGCAGGGUGUCAUUCUCCGUUGGGGUAUUUAUAGGAGGCAGAGGUUUAGGAACUGAAAGUAGUUGUGUGGGCUUAGUUUAAGGACAGAAGGCUUGGAGACUUGCAGACUGUUUCAUAGGAAACUGCAGGGAAGAAAUGGAUAUCUUUAAAGACAGUUUGCGGAUGCAGAUGCUGCUGCCAAUCAUUGAGCACCCUUGUGUCUGGUUUCCUGUCACUGGAUCCAUUACCCUUCCAUGCUUGGGUCCUUGUUUUACAUAAGACGACAAAGCACAAUGUCUGCUGUUUACAAUCAAGACGACUACACGGUCCAAACAUUUCCUCUCCCCUCUAUCACUUGUGGCUUUAACUUCAAUUUCCUCUGUUCCUUUUUAAAACCAAGAAGCACAGUCAGAGCUGCCCCUGGGAUUACACCAGGGAACGGCUGAUCAAGGCGCUCGGUGUCCGUGACUAAGUCUAAUCUUUUUGAUAGCAAAUCCUUUUGAGAAACUGAACGACUGAUAGGGCUCAGCAAUUUUAUACUCCAAUGUCUGUUUAAGAUACAUUUUGUUCCCAUCGAGCCCGCACUGGAAUUCCUUCAGACGUAAAUACUGACGAUGCCUAUGGAAACUGCACCUCUGGGGGAUGUUCCCCAGCAUUCUUGUUUUCUUCUGUUUGGUGGGUAAGGCUCACCUCUUCCAGCAGCUCCACUUGUGUGCUGAGGUCCUGUACAGCCGGUGCUUGGAGACAGACCUGAAGCAGACUUGUGCAUGCUCUCUCUUGGUAACACUUGGCUGACGUUUCUUCUUUGUUCUCUUUUGAUAGAGUCCUGUUUCCUAUGUAUUUAAAAAAAAAUAAAAGUGAAUUUAGUCACA